UUGACACUCACUCCAGCUACAAAUGUGCCACUCCGUUUGAUGUGCAGCUGGGAAAGAAUUUACCACUGGGUGUAAACUUGGACUCCCGGGGAGGAGAAGGCGACGUGAAGAGCUUAAAAGAACGCCAAUGUCAAGGGGGUGUGAGAUCCUUACUCAACAACACCCCCUGUAAGUAGAGAUCCAUGAAGAUCUGAAGAUCUCAAACAUCUCAAAAUACUUCUCUGCUGCUGAAGGAGAGCAAUUUCACUGGGACGGAACAAGAAAAAAAAAAAACACAAGGAGAAGUAAAGACCUCCAGUGAUAGAAAGAGAAAAAUAAAAUCCAUCGUCGGUCUACCCAGGGUUUAGCAAAACCAGCCAAGUGAAAACAGUUGCUAAGAAGGAGGAGAAGUCAGCAGCUGUUCAAAGAGAAAGGAAGAAGGGGGGGGAAUGAAAAGACGUGUUUUUGCCCUACCUGCCUGCAGACGAAGAGGAGAGAACAUUCACUUCCUUUCCACAGCUCCAGAAGACCCCCUGAAGGGCCAUUCCUUGGAGUCAAUGACUUGUUCGCGACUAAACAAAAGAUUUUAGGAUUCCUUUUUAAAAACAAAAACAAAACCCACCUCUUGGGCCCCUUGCGUAAAAGGAGCCAACCAACCUGCCAAAAUGAUGACCUCUCGGAACAAGGGCCUGAAAGUCUUCACCCUCGCCUUACUGUUCAUCAUCACCAUCACGUCAUUCCUGCUCAACUACACCAACAACGUGGUGUCUACCUCUUGGGAUCCCAAGCAAAUGGCUUACCAGUUUUCGGAGCAGGUGAAAAAACUGCUGAAAUAUGCCAGGCAGCCCUGCAGUUGUGACACCUGCAUUUUGGAAGAGGGCUCCGCCUGGUUCGAAGAGAGGUUCAACAGCACUAUGCAACCCUUCUUAACCAAUCAAAAUGCCUUCCUGCCCCAGGAGACCUACAGGUGGUGGCUGAAACUCCAGGGAGAGAGAAGUCCCAAGACCAUGAAUGAGACUGUCCAGGAACUCUUUAGACUCAUUCCAGGAAACUGGGAUCACUUUUUGGGCAGGAACAGCUCACGGUGUCGGAGGUGUGCUGUUAUAGGAAAUUCAGGGAAUCUUCGGCAAUCACAGUACGGCGAAGAGAUUGAUGCUCAUGACCUUGUGUUUAGAAUGAACAAAGCCCCAACAAGGGGCUUCGAGUCAGACGUCGGCAGCAAAACAACUCAUCAUUUUGUCUACCCGGAAAGCUAUCAAGAACUACGGGAGACGGUCAGCAUGAUUCUCAUCCCCUUCAAAAUCUUAGACCUGCGUUGGAUCAUCAGCGCCCUCACAGAUGGCACCAUCGAUCACACGUAUAUUCCUGUUCCUCGUAAGAUCAAAGUCAACAAAGACAAGAUCAUGGUUUAUCAUCCUAGUUUUAUGAAAUAUGUUUAUGACAACUGGCUCCAACAUCACGGGAGGUAUCCCUCAACUGGCUUCCUGUCAAUUAUCUUUGCCCUUCACCUCUGUGAUAAGGUGGAUCUCUACGGCUUUGGGGCAGACAGUAAAGGCAACUGGCACCACUACUGGGAGAACAAUCCUUCUGCAGGAGCCUUCCGCCAAACCGGCGUCCACGAUGGAGACUUUGAGGCCAACGUGACGCAAACCCUCGCCUCCGUAGCCAAAAUACGGUUCUUCAAGGGCAGAUGACCCCGGCGGUCGGACAAAGCGCUGGUCUCCGACAAGAAGGAAAGGCCGAUGUUUUAAAAUAAAUGGAGUCUUGGAGGGGGCAGUCUGUCAAGUCUCAGCCGAGAAAGCUUCGAAGAACUGCAAGCUGCAAUUAGCUUUGAAAGGCCCCUCAAAUAAGGUUUCGAAGUUUUGACAGCAUAGGAAAAAAUGCCCAAUUUGGAAAGGAAUGUCCUGUUCGAGACGCUCCUAUUGUAACCAUAUGUUUUAAUUCCUUUUCCGUUGUCAGAAUGACUGGGCCUUCAGCCCUACAAAAAAAACAAAAAAAAAAAAAGGACGGGUGGGCAAACACUGUCUUGGUUUCAAAAUUACCUCAGAAGAGCUUUGUUCCAAUCAUGGUCUUUUCUCUGAAGGAUCCCAGCAAGGCCAAAAACAACCCUCACCAGUUCUUGUUCGGUGGUAUGAACAAGACCGUGGUGGCCUGGGAGUUAAAAGGGUUUGCUUUGUGUAUAUUUGGUGUUUUGCUAUUUCAUGUGGCUACAAGCCCAGGAGCGAAGGAGCAGGGCUCAAAGGAAAUAAUGCAGGAUGGGCAGGUUAAAUACUUUUAUUUACUUUAUAUAUACGUAUAAAGCAGAGAAAGGAAUUAACGUUGCACACAAACACAUACACACGAGGACACGCACCAAUGCAGUGCAAGAGCUGGGUUCCAUAAAUUUAGACAACCCUUAGAGGUCAUCCAAGGUGAUUUUUAAAUUUCUGCAUCGUUGGGAGUUUUGCAGCCCAGAACUUUGGCUUCACACACACACACACACACACACACACACACCUGUCAUUGACAUGUGCCUUUCUAAAACGCAUAAUAUAAAGGGAGUGUAUUUGUCUGUUCCGUUCCCUCAGAGACUAAAAUCUCAGAAUUCUACUUGUUCUAUGAAAAUAAGGGACACAAAAUUUAAAACGUGCUCAUCCCUUGUAUGGGUGGCUUUGCGGGGGGAGGGCAGAAGAAAGAAAAGGAAAGGAACCUUUUUUAAAAAUCUUAUUUUCAAGAACAUUUAGGAGGGAAACAAAUGAAAUAUUUUUACUUCUAUUUUUUACAGUUGUUGUAAAUUUAAAUAUAUAUUUUAAAGUAUUGAGAGUUUUUUAAAAGGGGAGCGGGGUAGGGUUGUCCCAUCAGCAUGAGAACAGCAAGCCAAUUUUCUCUGGGUCUGAGAAAAUGUAGUUUAUCAGCAGAGUCUGUUCCAUCCAAAUCCCAGGAGGUCCAUUUGGAGAGAGGAAUUAUUGCAAGAACACCCAUUAAAAUCAAUCAGAGCUCAGUUGACAUAUAUAGGAAUCUAACCACCAUAAAAGCCCAAAUAACAAGGAGAUUUCAUCUACAGUCCACAGUUGCAAAAAUUACAGAACACCUGGAGGAGGACUUCAGUGUGGAGCUCAACCUAAGUAGAUGAAGCCAACCAGCUGUUUAGACAGCCAAACACAGAAGCCAAUUGGAGAGGCCCUGAAGAGGUAGCAGCCUUGUGAAAAUGGAGGUGGAUGGAUUACUAUCACCUCAUUUAACUAGACAUCCAACAACCCUCCUCUCUCACCUGUAGGGCACAAAGAACUUCUUAGAUGCUAUUUUGCAUGCCUUUUUCAUUGUGCAUUGAUCAAUCUUUCCACACCAUGGAUGGAAUCUUACUGAGAAGUUAGUUUGCAACACAGUUGGGUUUGGAAUGUUAGUCACAUUGGUCUAACACUUUUGGAAGGAGUACCAGAUUGAGGUAGGCAGGUCUAGAACACGGAACCACUUCUUUUUAUAAAACAGAAAAGUAAAAUUGGGGUUGCAAUGUAAACUUGCCCUUCCCCUCCGAGAGUUUCUUCACUGGUUGCUAGUCUACUUUCUGGUUUGUAGGUCAUAUAUUAUGUUGUCUUCUUCAAAAGAAAACCAGCCAACUUCAAAUAAGCUACAGUAUAUUUUUAAGUAGGUUGUCCCGAGUACCAUAAAUUAAAGCCUUCAUACAUAUCGUAGCACAGGUUUAAAUCAUGUUCAAGGACAUUAGUCCUCCUGAGACUGUAUGGCUUCUGGAAUGAGAAUGAGCUGCUUUUUCUAGACUUUUCUAGAGUCUGCAGGGGUUUUUUUUCUCCUUUUAACAGUAACUUAUUUAUGUACAGGAAAGGGUGCUUCCAUGAAGACAUGUGCCUCUUGAAUUCUGCUGAUCAAACUUUGAUUAAGGAUUAGAGCAGGCCAGGUAAAUUCAUCUUGCUCAGUUGGCUUCCUUAAACCAUGAUUGUGUACCCCAAAUCCUGUCUGUAGGGGUUUGUUCAGGGUUUCUUUUAUGCUGUAUUUUUAAAACUACCAAACGGGAAUAAAAGAAUUGAGCUAAAUGUUGUCAACAGCUUAAACAUACGAGAGUGUUGGAGGACGUUUUCACUGGAGGAUUUGAGUUGUACCAAAGGUUUAUAAAUUUAUUUUAUUUAUCAUUUGGGAUGACAGGAAGAGAACAAAUGUGAUAGGCAAUUGGGAGAAUUUAUUCUGAAGAAUAGGAAAUGGUUUGCAGCAAACUAUUCUUGAUUGCAAGGUGUUGUGCUCCCAAAUCGUAUGUGUGUUUGAAGCAGUCUUGGAGGGAUCGAGGACAACUUGCCACAGCCAACUCACCAUGCGACAAGAGUUACACUGA